GGGGCGCGGUGGCUUGCCAAGCCCUGGCGCGCCGGGUUUCGGGGAAAUCAAUGGGGCACGCAGCCCCUUCGAUGUGCCGUUCAUGCGCCCUCAUUGCCUCGAGGUUUUGCGCCGCCUUGUGGCGCGGAAGGCGUGGCUCCUCGGAUGCCUAGACACAGUGCCUGGCGCCUCGCGCCCGGCUUGGGAGCCGUGUCGUACCACGGGCGGAACAUCUAUUUUGUCCACUAUUGUAUGAUUUUACAAGAAAAACCUGCAAAAAGUAACAAGUCCCGAUCUAGUUCCAAGCUUCACGUGUACAGAUCAAGCUAUAAGCUUCUGCCUUGAAUUUUACAGCCCUAUACCAAAUUGCCGGAAGAGCCUCUACCUAUUCGAGGGGGAUGAUUUUUAAGGAAGUUAAAACCAGAACCACGUACCGGGUCAGUGGCUGGAGUUAAGAAGCAGGGGAAGAGAAGAAGUUGAUAGUGAGGCGUGGCAAGAGGCUGUAGUCCAUGAAAAAUGUUUUUGAAGGUUUAGUCAAAGUUUCAGCAGCAAGUAGUAUUGAUCCAAAUCAAAAAUGCUUACGUACAGCUCUAGAAAUGACCCUUUAAGCAAACUUCAACAAAGCCUAUUAUGUGAAUUUAAAAAACAAAAGCAGAGAAGAGCCUUGCUAUUUUUAGUGUAUUUUUAACCCCUUUACUUUGUCUCGCAAUUUCCUUUUAGAGUUUGAAGUGCCCUCUUCUAUCACGACUUGACAAGGAGAAACAUUGUGGACAAAGGCGCAGAACCUGCUCGAAUCGCGCCCUAGAUCCGAACCGAUGAUGAUCGGCCCCAUUGAUUCACUGCGCCGGAUACGCACCUGAUCAAUUAGCGUUUGUUAGCUGCCGGGCUUCCUGCUGGGCUCUUGAUCUUCGGGUCUUCCCGGUGGGCUCUUGCCAGGUGGGCCGUACACAAUCUGUGCGUGUGCGGUUUCUCAGCGUGAAAAGUCGGGCCCGCACACUGGUCGCGCGUUCCGUCGUGAGAGUUAGAGAAAUCUUCCGCUCGUGAUAGACAAAGGCUAGUGCAUUAAAGAACGAUUGAUUGAUUGAUUCAUUCUAGAAAAAAAUGCUGGGAAACGGGCCAACUAG